AUGAAACUCUCCAGUACAAUCCACCUGCUAUGCCUCACUGGCUUCACACUCUCCCAGCCUACCGUCCUCAAGAAGACCGAUGAAAUUCCCUAUGGUUCAUUCCCGAGUCCAGCUUCUUCUUCGGUCAACCUCUCUCCGACCGCAACACCCACACCAUCAGCAUCCCUCGAUGCCCGCCUCGGCCGUGCAAUUAUAGUCAAUCAAUGCAAUUUACCCGUCUAUAUCUGGUCUGUUGGCACAGUUGUCCGUGAUCCAGCGACACUCCUCCCCGGCAAUCGCUAUGGCGAAACCUUUCGUCAGGACCAUAAAGCGGGAGGUAUUGCUAUCAAGAUCAGCACUGAGGAGAACGGACUAUACCAGAGUGCUCCACUGACAGUGUUUGCGUAUAACAUCAAUGAUCAAAACGUGUGGUAUGAUCUAUCUGAUGUCUUUGGAGAUCCAUUCAAGGGUUACCCUGUUGUCCUGUCGCCUGCCGAGCCGGCAAUUGACUGGGCGAAUGGAAUCCCGCCAUCUGGAAGUCAAGUUCGCGUACGGGAUGUGUCUGAGGACCUGGUGUUAACUCUAUGUUAA